CUUGAAAUGCCCAAAAACUGUUGAUCAUGCUGUACUUGUUGUUGGUUAUGGAACGGAAAAAGUGACACUUCGAAAUGGUACCGAAAGAUUGUCGGAUUAUUGGCUUAUUAAGAAUAGCUGGAGUGAAAAAUGGGGAAUGGAAGGAUAUCUUAAAUUAGCUCGAAAUACGACAAAUAUGUGCGGAAUAGGAUAUUACUCCUGUUAUCCAUUGGUAUCUACAAUCAAUUAA